AUGGACGUCCUUCUCUCCCUUCCCAUCUUAUCAUACCUGCUGUCACCUGCUUCCGCAUCAUGGUCUACAUCUCUCAAUCUUCUCUUCUUCUACAUGACAUGGACAACCCUCGUUCUGUCCCAUACAUCUCUUCGCAUUCGCGUCCUUGGCACACUUGCCAUAAGACUCGUCCUGUAUCUUAUACCGUCUCUUCUGACCCUUCUUCUCGACACCUCCGUACCUAGUGCUGCAGAGUCCGUCAAACUUGGUGGCCGCGCUUCACUUCCACAACGUAAUGGCCGUUUCAUCGUACGCCAGGUUGCGCUAGUGCUGGUGAACCUGGCGCUUGUGACUGCGGCUGAGGGCACGUCAAAUCUAGGCUUCAAGUAUAUUCUUGGAGAGGAUGACUUCAAGACUGCAUCGGUACUGCCCUUACCGUGGCAGUUGGCUAAGCAUAUUCUGCUGAUGCUGACGGCCAGAGAGGUGCUGACUUACUACAUCCAUCGCAACGUAUUGCACUCAAAGGGCGCAAUUGCGAAAUAUCACAAGCAAUAUAGCCACGCGAGGUCAGCGGCGCCUUAUAGUCUUCAACUAUUUGCGGACCACCCAAUCCCUCUACUUCUUCAUCGCUUUCUUCCUAUCUACUUGCCAUCUAUUGCGUUGCGCCCACACCUACUUACAUACUUCCUCUUCCUUUCGCUAUGCACGGCUGAAGAGACUCUUGCCAUGUCGGGGUAUAGUAUCGUACCCGGUAUUAUCAUGGGUGGUAUGACACGACGCACAGCGGUGCAUUAUGCUAGUGGAGGCAAUUGCAACUACGGCGCAUGGGGUCUGUUGGAUUGGAUGAAUGGCACUGGUCGUGGGCGUGAUGUUCUGGAUGACGUGAAAGCUGAAGCGGAGAAACAUCACGUCAAAGAAAGGUCCGCGAAAAAGUUGGAUAGCGGCAUGGGAGCUAUCAAAGGAGGAAUUGACAAAUUUUCAAACAGUGAUGAGGGUGGCAAGAGAAGGAGUUCAAGGCUGCGAUCUAAGCGAACUUAG